CAAAAGAGCAAAGCCAAGAGUGAAAGAAAAGGAAAAACUCAGGGCUGAUUACUACAUUUGAAGAGGUGCCACUUUAUCAGCUUCACAUACUACAGCGCAGGAAAAGACAGAGGGAAAAAUCAGCAAGAGACUGAGAGUGCAGGUUUGGACUUCAAAGACGGAGAGAAAUGUAAUGUAGGAAUGAGUUGGGGGACGUAGCAGAUCAACCGCACAUCAAUUAGUUCAAUGAGAGGCUUGUAACAUCCCAGGACAGGAUUUUUUUUUUUUUUUUUUUUUGGUACCACCCAGUUUGAAGACCUGAAAAUCUUUGGAGACUUCUCACUGGAAGCAUCAUGCCUCGUUUACAGCUUCUGGUUGUAUUCCUGUGUUGUCUUCCCUUGGCAGCCUGUUUGCGCUGUUACACCUGUCUGUUCCCCGCCAUCUCUCCUCUGGACUGCUUCAAGUUUCCCCAGGAGUGUCCUGCUGGGCAGCGCUGCCUGUCUAGUACUGCAACAGGAAGGCGGGGCGCUCUACAAGUGACGAUGUUCGAGAAGAGCUGCGCCAUCGCCGCCCAGUGCGGGGUGAGCGGACAGAAAUACGCCUCAGGCCUCUAUUUUAACUACACCAACGUCUGCUGUGAUACCGACCUGUGCAACGGGGCUGUGUCUAUUGCUGCCCUCAGCUGGGGAGGAGUAGCUCUGUCCCUGCUGCCUGCACUCGCUCUGCUGCUGGCCUGAAGCUGAGGCCAUCCUCGACAACAAAUGUAGAGGAUGUAAGUGACCUGGGAGAGAUGAUCUGGAAAAAGAUGUAUAAAAACGUACACUCACAGGCACAUGGGCAAAAUUCCUGUUUUUAAAAAGAAUUAACAGUGAGCUUGUCUCUUGUUCAAAACGGUGUUUCCCAACCUUUAUGACUCAAAGUACAGCAAUGUCUAACCCUCAUGACAGGAGGUGUGAGCAGCUCAACUGCAAAGUGAUUUUUUUUUCUUCUUCGAUUGUUUCACCUGAAGACAUUUUUGAGGCAUAACGGUGACGCGAGAAAAAAAUAAUUAUAUAAAAGUCCGACAUGAUCACUGACCCUGAGGUUGGGAACUAUUGACAAGUGAAAAGAAAAAGGAAAAAUAAAAGUUAAAUAAAAAAAGAAAGUUAAAAGAAAGAAAAUAAAAUGAAAAUGCCAACCAAACACUUAAAUACAGUCAGUAAAAAAAGAAAACUGCGGACUAAUAGAAACAUGAAAGUAGGCCUAUGUUCUUAUAUCAGUUUAUCAUUAAUGAAAAUACUAUAGUGAUGCUAUUAAAACUUUAACAGACUACUUUGAAGAGAUGCCUUCUCAGUGUUAUGCGUCUCAUUUUUGCUCUAUAUUCAUUAGAUGUGUGAUUUUUUUAGUUAAGUUACUGAACUUGACAACAGAGAGAUUCUAACGUACUGCUUGUAUUAGACUAGACAUUUUGUUGUUUGCACUAUUGUUGACACUUAUUUGUUUGGCCAUCUGAAUGUUUUUACCCUCAAACAAGAUUCAAAAAUAAAAACACAUCAGUCACUGUUUGAUUUGUUAUCAAGGUAUUUUAUUGGGACAUUAAUAAAUGUGUCUUUGUAAGAGCUUUUAAGUAUAAAAUACACUUCUGCUGUGCUAUUA